AUUUUUGGUGACGUCACGACUAAGUGAGAAAGUAGAUAAACAUUCGUGAAAGCAAGAGAACAAAUGACUGAGUUAAUGAAUUAUCCGAUGUGACUUACUCCUGUAAAACGAUAAAAAAUGCCACUCUUUGGUAAAAAGCAUGAAACGGAUAAGAAACAUUCAAAGGAAUCGGAUGUUCGAAAGAAAUACGAUUUUAAGCGCACCCUAGGAACGGGUGCAUUUUCUGAAGUUGUGCUAGCAGAGGACAAAUCAGAUAGAGGGAAACUGGUGGCCAUCAAAUGUAUAGAUCGAUGUGGAUUACUAGGAAAAGAAGAAUCGCUGGAGAAUGAAAUUCAAGUCCUUCGAAGACUAAGCCAUCCCAAUAUUGUGCAGCUGCUCGAUGUGUUUGAUGAUAAAGCCCAUGUGUAUCUGGUCAUGGAAUUAGUGACAGGUGGUGAGUUGUUUGAUAGGAUAGUUCAGAAAGGUAGCUAUACAGAAAAAGAUGCCAGUAACUUAAUCAAACAAGUUCUAGAGGGAGUGGACUACAUGCACGAUAGAGGAGUGGUGCACAGAGAUUUAAAGCCAGAAAAUCUAUUAUAUUAUAGUCCAGAUGCUGAUUCCAAAAUUAUGAUUAGCGAUUUUGGUUUAUCAAAAACUGAGGAAUCUGGGACCAUGGCAACUGCCUGCGGUACACCUGGAUAUGUAGCACCGGAAGUCCUAGCACAGCAGCCUUAUGGGAAAGAGGUGGACUGCUGGUCUAUUGGUGUUAUAUCAUACAUUUUAUUAUGUGGUUACCCUCCGUUUUAUGAUGAAAACGAUGCAGCAUUGUUCCAACAGAUUCUCCGAGCCGAGUACGAAUUUGAUUCACCCUAUUGGGAUGACAUAUCAGAGUCAGCUAAGGACUUCAUCCGCCAUUUAAUGUGUAAGAAUGCGAAGCAGAGAUUUACAUGUAAACAGUCAUUAGCCUAUCCAUGGAUUUCUGGCAACACUGCACUAGAAAAAGAUAUCCAUGCCUCUGUCAGCGAACAGAUUCGUAAAAAUUUUGCAAAAACCAAGUGGAAACAAGCAUACAAUGCAACAGCCGUUAUAAGGCAGAUGAAGAAACUGGCUAUGAACAAGGAUGAUCACAGUCAUCACGCAGACACAAAGUCCUAAAUUGACUUUGAUUGGUCCAAUUGAAUGUGUUCCCUUGACAACAUUGGUUGGAUGCUGGGUCAAGUGUGCAUUUUGUAAGAGUUCCUCUGAGAGGUCAUGUUGAAGAGAAGGACCGUUAUGGACACCAACCUAGAUUGUUUAUGGCCUAGAGUUGAAAGAUUUUUGAAUCUCUAUGAAAUUUUAGAUUGCGUCUAGAUAUUUUUAUUGUUAACAAUUUAUGUGUAUCUUUAUCAAAUGGAAUUGAAACAGUAAAUAAAACAAUGUAUGUUCUUAUAUCUCGGAAAGAAAAAUGCUGUUAAGUAUAUCAACGAUUUGAACGAAAUUCAGGUAAAAAAUUGAAUCUGCUUUGUGAUUGCCUGUCAUAGAAGUAUGUAUUGUCAUUUUGACUGAGGUACAAUUGAAAACAAGUUUUUGGGGGAAAAUACAUUUUAAGAACUAGAAAGUAAUUAAUUUAUGUCCAUUUUACCAAAUACAAAUCCUAUAUGACCACUUUUAAUCUUUAUUCACUGCCCUUACUGGGCUUGGUACUUUUUUGCACUUUUUGAUAAUGGUGCGGUUGUUUUUUAGAUUCUGUAGACAUAGUAACUUUUCUGCAGAUCUGUGUAGAUGUUGUUCGCCAUGAUGUAUUACUUUUGACUACGACAUGUAGUUGUUAAACACAUUCCUUGUCAGUUGUUGUCAUGACAAUUUACACUUGUUGACAUUUUAUUUCUGUAUGUCAAUUACCAGCCAAAUCUGAGAUAUUGACACUGGACACCGGUCUUGAUUCUGACUUUCAAUGGCAAAUGUCACUAGAUAAAAUAAUAAAGUGGAGGGUAUGCAGUUGAGCUCAGUAUUUUGUCUUUGUGAUCUUGUUAUAAGAGUAGGAAAUUUUGAUUUCAUGCUAGCUAUUUGAUAUUUUUAGUAGUGCUAUUUCAUUUCGAUUUAAAUUUUUUUCUUCAAUUCAUUGAUUGCAUGGGAUGUAAUUGAAAAUCUGUUCUAGUUAAAUUUUCAAUUUAAAAAAAAACAUGAGUCUUUGUAAAAAAAAAAAUUUGACUAAUUUAUUGAAAGAAUGUGUUCUUGCAAAAACAAAGUGUGCAAUAUGGUUUUUUUUUUUAUGAUUUUGCUUUAUCUGUGAUGGAGUAACAUUGAAUCAAUUUUUUUUUUAGAAAUAACAAUGUUUGCUAUUUUUUUAAUUAUUUUAUCAUAUCCAAAGUUUACUUGCACAUAUAUUUGGUUAAGGGUAGAUUUAUAUGAAAUAUACAGUUCUAUGUACUACAUAUAAAACAUAUGAUGGAAUGUUAUAUACCUCUGCUCCAAAUACCUAUAAUCAUUUAGUACCAAGACUGAUUCUCAUAUCAAUGAUAGCUUUAUUAGCUCGCUGGGAUGACUGUCCGGAGAGCCUUAAAUUGUCAUUACUCCAGUGCCGGCGUAACACUUUAAGGAAAAAACUUUAACCUGGAUUACAUCUUUUGAAUCGUGGGGGAUAGGGUUUUGAUAUUUCACUUAUAGAUGAAUCAUGGAGAGACCUUUCAUUUGGCACCAAGACUUUUGACCUUGGACUUAGACCUACUUUUCAAAAACUUUAACCUGGGCUAUUUCUUUUGACCAUGUGGGAUAGGGCUUUGAUAUUUCACAUAUAGAUGCCUCAUUAAGAGAUGCUUAUUUUGGUUGGAAGACUUUUUACUUAGUGACCUUGACCUUGUACCUAUUUUUUUUUUUACCUAGGCUCUAUCUUUUGAACCAAGGGGAUAAGGCUUUGAUAUUUCACAUAUUGAUGCCUCAGGACCAGGCCUUUCAUUUGGUAUCGAGACUUGUGACCUUCGCUUUGAACUUUGACCUACUGUUUAAAAACUUGAACCUUUGCUAUAUCUUUUGAAACAAGAGUGAUUAAGCUUUGAUAUUUCACAUAUAGAUGCCUCAUUAUAAGAGCAUUUCGUUUAGUACCAGAACUAUUCAUCUUGGCUUUUGACCUACUUUUCAAAAACUUUAAUCUUUGCUUUAUCUUUUGAACCAAGGGGGAUAGGGAUUUAUAUUUAAAUCUAGAUGCCUCGUGACCAGGCCUUUCAUAUGGUAUCAAAACCUUUGACCUAGUGACCUUGGACUUUGACCUACUUUUCAAAAGCUUUAACCUUUUUGAUCAAAGGGGAUAAGACAAGUAGAGUCACACUUCCCGACAAGCUAUGCUUUCUACUGACAAUUCUUGUUAUUGAAACGUCAAGUAAAUUAGAUAAUCUAAAUCAACAAUCUAUGAAGUUUGACAAUCCUUUGUUGUAUUUUAGAUGGAUAUUUAAACUCUAUUUCAUUGUUUUCACAGAAGAUAUUUUCAGAGUGUCUUUAAGUUACAAUGUUCCUCUUGUAAGAAAGACAACUCCUUCAGGGAUUAAAGAAAAUCACAGUGAUUUGUUAAGUGAUUCUUGGCUAACACGCUUCAUUGUAAAUAUGAAGAUCUUUAAUUUGAAAAAUGAAUGUUGUGUAAGAAGAUGUUUUCUUUUAUGUAGAGAGACAUUGUACCUUAAUUAAUUCAAAGACAAGAUACUAUAGAGUCAGACAUUAUUUGGAGGAAUUUACCAACUAAUACCAUGCCAUCAUCAAAUAAAAAAUGUUUUUCUAUUAUUACAUACCCCUGAAGGAAAUGUCCACUGUGAUUUUUAAUGUAUCCCAAGUACAUUGAAUCACCAAAUAUAAUGUUUUUUCUUUUGUGUACAUGUGUUUGAUAUUACGCUUUCUUUAUCUACCACAUAACUAGUGCCUAUAUGUAAUAACGAAUGAUAUUGUACUACUCUUUUCCAAACGUCAGAUAACUUGGAAGAUUAUUACAUUCAUGCAGUGUCAGAAGUAGGAAUUCUCCCAACUGGUUUUCUACAGGAAGCAAGGGGGAAAAACAACAUAAUCUGUUUACAAUGAAGUGUGAUAUUGCAUGUAAUUAAUUACAUUUGUAAGGUUAGGACUGAAAUGUUCUAUACAUUGUACUGUCUCCUAUAUUGUGAGAGUGCUGAUGUGGUUUAGUUUUGAGCUUAUUAGACAGUGGUAUGUUCAAGACUUUGUUUAAAUAUCAAACGAAAUUUACAUGUGUUGUAUAGCUGUACAAUUUUAGGCUUAUCAUUAAUGAGAAUUAUGUAUUUCAUAGUUAUGGUGUUUCUAUAAUAUAGCUAUAUAUAUUGGAAGAAAAGUUAUUUGAUCUAAUAUGAUGUUGAUGAAUUAGGGUACAGUGUGUGUAGUUGCUAUUAAGUAGCACUGUACUAGCAAUUAUACUGAUAAGUACUAUUGUAUAGAACUUUGAAAAUGAUAUUAGAAUACUAAAUAUGAUAUUUGAAAUAUAUAUGUGGAUUUACCAACAUAUAUUUAAACAAAAGAAUCAAAGUCUGAGAGGAAUAUUAGGUACUAAAUACAUUUCUGGUGUUUUAUGAAUCAAAUCUCAAAGUAGUGCAUGCAUCGUCUUAUGGAGUCAGCAGCAGUUUCAAGCUAAUGGCUUUACAUUUUGAACAAAUUUAUUGUUGUAGCUUUUACGAGUUUUUCAAUCAAUUUUUCUUACAAUUUUUUCCUAUUGAUGUAUUGUUUUGUCAUAUUUAUUUAUUGUAAUCUUGUGUACUUUGUUAUUGUAAAACAUUAAUAUUCCAAAAAAAUACCCAAUUAAAUAUUAUUUUUCAAAACUUUAA